ACUUACUGUUUCAAAGGUUUGUCAAGCAGUCUAUAGCACAGUUUCAAGCAUGAAGUAUUUCUUGGUUUUGGCUUUCGCAGCCGCCGCUUUUGCGGCCACAAUAAAAAGUCCUGGCUUCGGGCUAUCGCCAUUCACUGAAGACGGUGAAAUCGAAGUGGUCUACGAGAAUGAGGAUGGCACUCAAGAAAUUGCGCCUUCGUUCAUCUUGUCAUGGCAGGUACGUCGCAUGAUUCGCAGAUUCCAAAAGCAAAUGCCUUGCGGCUUCCCAAAAUACGGCAUUCCCCCACUAGCGCCAUUAAAGAAGAGCGAAGUCGAUGUACACUUCGAAAGUGGCAUUGUAGAAACCUUUGAUCAACUCACCCGCUUCCGUGUGGAUGGUUUAGAUGAUUUCAAUAUCAAUAGAUUCAAGCUGAACAUAAUUUUGUCCAAGGUCACUUUCGAUAUCACCUUCAAGAAUAUUCGUGCCUCAGCACCACACUACACCACUAACACGAUUCUGGAUGCUUUGCGUCAGCUCGGUCUCUCCGUGCAAUACGAAGGUGAUGGUUCGUUGGACUUUGGUUUGAAAAAUUUGCGUAUUGCUGGUACCUUGAAAUACAAGAUCCCUAUCUUGUGGGGAUCCACCAAAAUCACUUCGUUGAGGGCUACCAUCACCUUAGAGAGUGCCAAUUCUGAAAUCACCGGUAUUUUCGGUGAAAGUAAAUGGAACAAAAUGCUUAAUGACAAACUCGCGAGCUUUAUCGAAUCUGGCAUUAAUGACAACCAACAAUUGAUCACGGAUAGCAUUGAGAACACUGUAGUGCCACGUGUGAACCAAAUGCUUAAGGGUAAUGAUUUCUGGACUCUUCUCGAUUCGAUUUUGUCCAGCGACAGUGGUACCAGUGAAGAUGAUCCCAUUGAGACCAAUUGUGUGGCUCCCGAAGAUCCUUGGGCUUAAAUAUAUUUUAGUUUAAAUAAAUAUUAAUAUGCUGUGUAACAAAAAA